CGUCGCGGCAAUUAUCUCCAGCUGAGGUUUGGGGGUUUGUCGCUCCAGCUAACGCAAAGAAAGACUGUUGUACUGAAUUCCCUUCGUAGUAUACCCCUCAGAGAGGCAUUAGACAAAGGCAACAGUCCACUUUACUUCUCAUUACUCACGUAGCACCAGGAAUGGAUAAGAAGUCUUGUCCUGAGGGAGAAAAGUUUGACAACUUAGUCCACAUGUGUGUGCCCAGCAAGUCACUAAUGAGAUCUAACCCUGAUCCACCAAAAGAGCCGCCCCUGACUGUCGUGAACCAGCUCAAAGCCAUAAACACCACUGUCAAGCCCAACUCGAUGGUGGUGCUGAGUCCGACUCUGUGGAUUUCUGUGGUCCUGGUCGUGGUGGGGUCCAUCUUGGCUUUGACUCUUUGGUUUAUCAUUUACAAGCGACAGACCAGACGCAGCAGCACCUCCGAGGAUGGCAUGCCAAGACAGGAACUUCUUCAGAAAGCGCAGCCACCUGCCAAACUGCACCCUCUGCCCUCAGAAAGAAACGGUCAAGCUGAGAUAUUUCAGAGAGCGGCAGAGGCCCCGUCACCCUGCUCUCACGUGCACUCUGGGAGCCAAACAGGCUCAGAGUGGGAGAAUGGCUUCACAGCUUGCAGGGACCUCAUGAUGCGUGGUGGAGCAGAGGUGGGCAGAGACUCGCCUGCAUGCAGCACAAUGGCGGAGCACAGGAUCCCACUUCCUGCCACAGAGCUGGGUGGCACUGCUUUAGUUACAACUAAAACCAUGUAAGGCUGCGGGUGUGUGGUCGUACUCUUUAAGCACGCUGUGGGGAAACACAUUUGUUUGCUCACUAACAUUGUGGCCACACCUCUCCCUUUUGUGGGCAAAAAGCAAGUUCAUUAAACCUUAGAGUGAAGACUUGGCUUCAGGUUGGGGUACAGCUUUCAUGAGUACUGAGAGGGGUGUCCAUGAAAAGUGAGGUCGAAGUAAUAUUCUCUAAAGAGAUGAAAACACAACUGUGUUCUUAAAAACUUAUAUUCACUGCAUUUAUUCUGCACGUUGUACUCAGUAUACUGAGAUUUCUGUUUCUACCAUGUUUUUAUGGGUUUUUUUUAAAUAAGAUU